AUGGUGAACAAGAGAAGGAAGGAGAAACCAUUGAAUAAUACAGCAAACGUCGAUUCGCGUCCGGAUGGUGGCAGUGAGAAGGUGAAUCGGGAGAAUUCUGAUGGAAGAAGUGAGAAAAGGAGUUUUGGGAAAGUGAUUAGGGUUCAACAAGAAGAAGAGUUAGAACGGUUGGUUGCUGAGAUUGAGGCUUCAUCUUCCACGAAGCAGACGAAAGAUCUGGGAAAAGUGAAUCUCCAAACGCUGGAAGAAAGAGUGGGUGAUUCGAACGUCGAUUCGCGUCCGGAUGGUGGCAGUGAGAAGGUGAAUCGGGAGAAUUCUGAUGGAAGAAGUGAGAAAAGGAGUUUUGGGAAAGUGAUUAGGGUUCAACAAGAAGAAGAGUUAGAACGGAUAAAGAGAAAAUUUGAAACAGUUAAACCAACGACACCUAGUACAGAGUGGAGGAGAAUUGAGAAAGGAAAAGAAGCGGUGGAAGUCUCAGGGAUUAAGAAUAUAGGGAUAGGUCAAGAGGAUGGUAUCCAGAUUGUUAAGUCGAAAGGGCAACUUGUGGGUGUGACUAGUAAGCAGCUUAAUACUAAAGGAAUUGGAAGUCAAGUGGAAGAGGUCCCACCAGGGAAUAGAGCUACCCUUAGUGCAACAUAUACUCAGGAAGCAGUUGUUAGGAUCCUUCAAUCAGAGGAUCUUGAAAAUGCUGUUAAAACCAGUGGCAUUGUGGGUAUUUUUAGCAUUGGAGCUAGGUGUGAAUUGGGCAUAUUGCUUGAUCCAGGACCUAACUCUAGUGUGUAA